GCGUCCCACGCCACUGUGGAGAGGAAGGACUACCUGAAGACCGACCUGACCACGGCGCUGAAGGAGAUCCGCGCCCAGCUGGAGUGUCAGUCCGACCACAACAUGCACCAGGCCGAGGAGUGGUUCAAGUGCCGCUACGCCAAGCUGACGGAGGCGGCCGAGCAGAACAAGGAGGCCAUCCGCUCCGCCAAGGAGGAGAUCGCCGAGUACCGCCGGCAGCUGCAGUCCAAGAGCAUCGAGCUGGAGUCGGUGCGUGGCACCAAGGAGUCGCUGGAAAGGCAGCUCAGCGACAUCGAGGAGCGUCACAACAACGAUCUCACCACCUACCAGGACACGAUCCAUCAGCUGGAGAACGAGCUUAGAGGAACAAAGUGGGAAAUGGCACGUCACUUGAGGGAAUACCAGGACCUCCUCAAUGUCAAGAUGGCCCUGGAUAUUGAAAUUGCUGCAUACAGGAAGCUACUGGAGGGUGAAGAGACAAGAUUCAGUGCCUUCUCAGGAAGCAUCACUGGACCCAUAUUCACACACAGGCAACCAUCUGUCACAAUAGCAUCCACUAAAAUUCAGAAGACAAAAAUCGAACCACCAAAGCUGAAGGUCCAGCACAAGUUCGUAGAAGAAAUCAUUGAAGAGACAAAAGUAGAGGAUGAGAAGUCUGAAAUGGAAGAUGCCCUAGCAGCCAUUGCAGAAGAAAUGGCAGCCAAGGCCCAGGAAGAAGAAAAGGAGGAAGGAAAAGCAGAAGAAGCUGUAGAGGAAGAAACUGUUUCUGAGAAGGCUGCUGCAGAACAAGCAGCUGCACCUGAGGAAGAGGAGAAGGAGGAAGAGGAAGCAGAGGAGGAAGAAGCCGCAAAAUCUGAUGCUGCAGAAGAAGGAGGUUCUGAAAAAGAAGAAAUAGAGGAGAAGGAAGAAGGAGAGGAGGCUGAAGAAGAGGCGGGAGAAGCUGAGGCCAAGGGCAAAGCUGAAGAGGUAGCAGCAAAGGUAGAGAAGGUCAAAACACCUCCCUCAAAGUCACCCCCUAAAUCCCCCCCGAAGUCCCCUGUCACAGAGCCGGCCAAGGCUGUCCAGAAGGAAACGGCUGCAGAAGCAGGAAAAGAACAGAAGGUGGAGAAGGGUGGUGAGAAACCAGCCAAGGAGGAGGAGAAAGCCCCAUCUCCGGAGAAUUCGGCGACACCAAAGGUAACCUCUCCAGACAAGGCAGCAGCAACCCCGGAGAAGCCUGCGACACCAGAGAAGCCUCCAACCCCGGAGAAAGCGGCAACCCCGGAGAAGCCAGCAACCCCAGAAAAGCCCCGCUCUCCGGAAAAGCCGGCGACCCCGGAAAAGCCGGCAAGCCCAGAAAAGCCCCGUUCUCCAGAGAAGCCGGCAACCCCGGAGAAGCCCCGCUCUCCAGAGAAGCCAGCUUCCCCGGCCAAAGAUGAAAAGGCUGUGGUGGAGGAGACCGUCACCGUCACAAAGGUAACAAAAAUUAGUGCAGAGGUAGAGAAGGAGUCCAGGAAAGAAGAUAUUGCAGUGAAUGGUGAGGUGGAGGAGAAAAAGGAAGAGUCCAAAGAGAAGGAGGUUGAGGAGGAAGACAAGGGAGUUGUCACCAAUGGCCUAGAUGUGAGCCCAACCGAUGAUAAGGGUGAGAAAAUUGUAGUAACCAAAAAAGCAGAGAAAAUCACUGGUGAAGGUGGGGACAGUACGACCACGUAUAUCACAAAGUCAGUGACAGUCACUCAGAAGGUAGAGGAACACGAAGAAAGCUUUGAGGAGAAAUUAGUGUCCACCAAGAAAGUGGAGAAAGUUACUUCACAUGCUGUAGUAAAAGAGAUUAAAGAGACCGAAUAAAAUAAAUCAUAGCUAAAUUAAAAAAAAAAUUAAUUAAAGAGCUUGGGUUGGUGCAAAAGGUUAAGCCAUAUGACAACUGCAAAAUGCAUGUGAGUGACGGCUUCAAAGCAGAACGGGUUCUCUCAUGGAGGCUCCAGACACACAGUAUUUUACUUUUUUGUGCAAUAUAGGGGAGGGGGGGGGAAUGCAUGCAGGCUCAAGAUGUGCUCCCUCCACAGAGCUUGGGGAUCUAAAACAAAUACUACUACUAAUAGUGCAUGAGAUGAAAUGUGCAAAGGAAGCUUUCUGAUUUUCCUGAGCUGUUGGAGGGACAUAUCUGAGGGAUGACUUAAGAUGUAUUAUGCAAAGAACCAACUGAGCCAAAACCAAACAGAAAACAGUAAUAGAAUAUUCAUGAGAACCAGAACUCUCCUAGCCUUAAAAAAUAAAAAAGCUACUUAUAAAUAAUUAUGUUUACCUCACUGGUGCAAUUAGGGUGGACUUUUGCUCAUGGGAGAACCUAGUUGACAUGCACAGUACGCAACCUUUUGUUGUUUGAUGUAAAACAGUCACAGCAGUUCUUGCUCAAUAAAGGUCAAUACUGAAAA